AUGAUACCCUUAACAUUACUGGCUUUAAUUGCCUCAUUUCUGCUACCUGCUGUAGUACGAGGGUCAGCGCUCACGACGGCGAUUGCACCUAAUGAACGGCUAUGCUUCUACGCUGACGUGGACAAGGCAGGCGAAAAGAUCGGUUUCUACUUUGCUGUGCAAUCCGGAGGCUCAUUCGAAAUAGACUACGAAGUAAAAGACCCGAAUGACAAAGACAUCCUCGACGGCAAAGCGGAGCGACAAGGCGAUUACGUUCUCACCGCAAACGCAGUUGGAGAGUACUCGUUUUGUUUUACGAAUGAUAUGGGCAACCUUGCGGAGAAGUUCAUCGAUUUUGAUAUUAUGGUGGAGAGUGAACCGAGACGAGAACCGUCGACGAAGCCGGGUCAGAUUUCGGAUCACUCGAGUGCACUUGAGGAGAGUAUUUUCCGUUUGAACGCACAGCUGUUAAGUGUUAAGCGGACGCAGAAGUUCUUCCAUACGCGUGAAAACCGAGGUUUCUCGAUCGUGAAGUCGACACAAAGCAAGAUCUUCUGGUUCGCUAUCCUAGAAGUUAUGGGUGUUGUAGGCAUGGCGAUUGCACAGGUAUACAUCCUCCAGACGUUCUUCACUAAAACCGGGAGGAGAUACAAAGUAUGACGAACGAACCCGGGUCUCCCCUUCUGUCAUGUCGAUUAGCUUCUUUCUUCAUGGAGCUGUUGCUUUUUCGGUUCAUAAGUUAUGUACUUUACUUCGCCCCCUGUCAGUCACCAGGAAACUUUGCUCGGAUUAGUUGUUCUAUCCACUUCAGAGAAAAUCUUUCGUGAUUUACUUCUGUAUCAAGACAAUUCGGGUUAUGUUAUCU